ACCGGCUGCCAGACUGCAACAGCCACCGGCGGCCGGCGCGGUCUCUCCAUUGUUGCUCCACAGCUCCAAUGCAGCAUUAUUCGUACCUCCACUCCAAAUCCCCACUCAUUACCUCAUCAUCGUUUUCAGAAGCAAAGCUUUCCACGCAGAUUCCACGAUUAAAUUGUACGAACGUUCAAAUUAAACACUCAAAUCCCGGAGACGUGAGGUGGCAGCACUAAUCAUGUGGCCGUCGCUACAUAAGCCAGUCGCCCACGCCCAGCUGCGUCUCCUCCUCGCAGUCUCCGCCUGCUCCGGUCCACUCCGCUUCGGCAACACCAGCGCAGUUGCGGCGGCGGUUACGACCCGAGGCCCGAGCCCAAGCAGGGGCGUCGCGACCACCGCGAUGCCUUCGUCGUCCUCCUCGCCGCCGCCGCCAAUCGAGGAGACGACCGCCGCCGCCGCCUCCCCCGCGGGUGGGUUCCGCCUCACCGAGCCCUCCUUCCUCGAGUCGCUGAUGCCGAAGAAGGAGAUCGGCGUCGACCGCUUCCUCGCCGCGCACCCCGAGUACGAUGGGCGCGGCGCGCUCAUCGCCAUCUUCGUUGACUUUCACUUCACACGAGACUGGAAGCUGGUGUUCGCGGACGCCGAGGAAGUAGGAUUGAGGUGUUCGGCGCGACAUGUUGAGGGUGAUUCUAGGAAUGCCGCGCUACUACCAUACGGCAUGUCGCCAACUGAAGGAUUCCGGAGUUGAUCCAGCUGCUGCUGGGUUGCAGACUACUUCAGAUGGAAAGCCUAAAAUCCUUGACGUUAUUGAUUGCACCGGUAGUGGCGAUGUUGACACAUCCAAAGUGGUGAAAGCUGAUGCUGAUGGUGCUAUAGUUGGUGCUUCAGGUGCUCGUUUGGUUGUAAACUCCUCGUGGAAGAACCCUUCUCAAGAGUGGCAUGUUGGCUGUAAAUUAAUAUAUGAACUGUUUACUGGUACACUUACAUCUCGAUUGAAGAAAGAAAGAAAGAAGAAAUGGGAUGAGGAAAACCAGGAAGCAAUUUCUGAUGCUCUGAAGCAGCUAAAUGAAUUUGAAAAGAAACACACUAAGCCUGAUGACACCGCGCUGAAGAAGGCUCAUGAAGACCUGCAAAGCAGACUUGAUUACCUGAGGAAACAAGCUGAAGGUUACGAUGACAAGGGACCUGUGAUUGAUAUUGUUGCAUGGCAUGAUGGUGAUGUAUGGAGGGUUGCUGUUGAUACCCAGACCCUUGAGGGUAACAAUAAUGGUGGAAAACUAGCAGACUUUGUUCCGUUGACAAAUUACAGGCUUGAACGGAAAUAUGCAAUUUUUAGCAAAUUAGAUGCUUGCUCUUUUGUAGCAAACAUUUAUGAUAAUGGGAACCUUGUUAGUAUAGUAACUGACUGCUCUCCGCAUGCUACUCACGUCGCAGGCAUUGCUGCUGCAUUUCAUGCAGAUGAACCUUUGCUUAAUGGAGUUGCACCUGGAGCACAAUUGAUUUCCUGUAAGAUUGGAGACACCCGCUUAGGAUCAAUGGAGACAGGAACAGGUCUGGUUAGGGCCUUGAUAGCUGCUGUAGAGCACAAGUGUGAUUUGAUUAAUAUGAGCUAUGGAGAGCCUACCCUUCUUCCCGACUAUGGAAGAUUCAUUGAUCUUUCUAAUGAGGUAGUGAACAAGCAUCGUAUUAUAUUCAUUGGUAGUGCCGGAAACAAUGGACCUGCUUUAAACACUGUUGGUGCUCCUGGUGGGACUAGUACAAGCAUAAUUGGUGUUGGUGCCUAUGUUUCACCAGCUAUGGCUGCUGGAGCUCACUGUGUUGUACAGCCACCAGUUGAGGGGAUGGAAUACACCUGGUCUAGCCGAGGCCCUACUGCUGAUGGGGAUCUUGGUGUCUCCAUUAGUGCACCUGGUGGGGCAGUUGCUCCUGUACCAACUUGGACGCUUCAAUCUCGCAUGCUCAUGAAUGGCACUUCCAUGGCAUCUCCUUCUGCCUGUGGUGGGGUAGCUCUUCUUGUUAGUGGCAUGAAGGCCGAAGGCAUUCCAUUAAGCCCUUAUUCUGUAAGAAAAGCAAUUGAGAAUACAGCUGCAUCUAUAAGUCACGCACCUGAGGAGAAACUGACUACAGGAAAUGGGCUUUUGCAAGUUGAUAGGGCUUUUGAAUAUGCACAGCAGGCUAAGAAGUUGCCACUUGUUUCUUACAGAAUCUCAAUCAAUCAAGUGGGAAAGUCAAUUCCAAAACUAAGAGGAAUAUACCUUCGUGGGAGUAAUGCGUGUCACCAAUCAAGUGAGUGGACUGUUCAACUUGACCCUAAAUUUCAUGAGGAUGCCAGUAACUUGGAGCAAUUGGUUCCUUUUGAGGAGUGCCUGCAGCUGCAUUCAACUGAUACAUCUGUUGUUCAAAUUCCUGAAUAUAUAUUGGUGACAAACAAUGGGCGCAGUUUCAACAUUGUUGUCAAUCCUGCUAAUAUCAGCAGUGGCCUUCACUAUUAUGAAGUUUAUGGCAUAGAUUACAAAGCACCGUGGCGUGGACCCAUUUUCCGCGUGCCAAUUACUGUAAUAAAGCCUAUUACUCUACUGGGAGAGCCACCAUCAUUGUCAAUUUCAAACCUUUCGUUUAGAUCUGGUCAUAUUGAAAGGAGAUUUGUAGAUGUGCCUUUUGGAGCUUCAUGGGCAGAAGUUACCAUGCGUACGUCAGCUUUUGAUACUCCAAGAAGGUUCUUUUUGGAUACUGUUCAGAUUUGUCCACUGAAGCGACCUAUCAAAUGGGAGGCUGUUGUUACUUUCUCUUCACCUUCUUCGAAGAAUUUUAGUUUUCCUGUAGAAGGUGGUUUAACUUUGGAACUGUCCAUAGCACAGUUCUGGUCUAGCGGAAUUGCUAGCCAUGAACCUACUUGUGUUGAUUUUGAGAUUGUGUUCCAUGGAAUAUGCAUUGAUCAGAAAGUAAUUGCCCUUGAUGGCAGCGAGUCACCCUUGCGUAUCGUUGCUAGAUCACUUCUAGCAUCCGAGAAGCUUGCUCCUGUUGCCACCCUGAACAAGAUCAAGACGCCUUAUCGACCUGUGGAGUGUAAUCUUUCUUCACUUCCCACUGACCGUGAUAGAUUACCCUCUGGCAAGCAAAUUAUUGCACUGACCUUAACUUACAAGUUCAAACUAGAGGACAGUGCUGAAGUAAAGCCCCAUGUGCCGCUACUUAACAACAGAAUAUAUGACAACAAGUUUGAGUCUCAGUUUUAUAGAAUAUCAGAUUCAAACAAGCGUGUUUACUCUUCUGGCGAUGUCUACCCUAGUUAUGUCAAACUUUCAAAAGGCGAAUACACACUGCAACUGUACAUAAGGCAUGAGAAUGUGCAAUUCUUGGAGAAACUCAAGCAAUUGGUUCUGUUUAUUGAAAGGAAACUAGAUAAAAAGGAUUUCAUUCCAUUGAGUUUUUACUCUGAACCUGACGGCCCUAUAGUUGGAAGUGGCACCUUCAAAUCCACAAUUUUAGUUCCAGGAGAACCUGAAGCAUUCUAUGUGGGUCCUCCAUCUAGAGAACAACUCCUAAAGAAUGCUCCACCUGGGGCUGUUUUGGUCGGGUCCAUAACCUAUGGUACUGUAAGCACAUUUAACAAGACAGAUGGACAAAAACAGCAUGAUCCAGUAUCUUAUCAUAUCUCGUAUAUCAUUCCACCCUCAAAGGUUAAUGAUGAUAAAGAAAAGUCGGUUUCAGUUGGAACAAAGACAAUAUCUGACCAGUUAGUUGAGGAGGUCCGGGACACCAAGAUAAAGUUUCUUUCCAGCCUUAAGCAAGAAACUGAGGAGGACAAGUCUGCCUGGUCUGAACUUGUUGCAUCUCUGAAGUCAGAAUAUCCAAAAUAUACACCUUUGCUUGCUAAGAUUUUGGAAUGCAUACUCCAGAAAGCAACCUAUGAUGAUAAGAUUGGCUAUGAAAAAGCGGUUAUUGCUGCAGCUGAUGAGGUCGUGGACAGUAUUGAUAAAGAGGAACUGGCAAAGUAUUUAUCUCUAAAUUCAGAUCCUGAAGACGAAGAAGCACAGAAAUUUAAGAAAAAAAUGGAAGAAAGACGGGAUCAGUUGGCUGAUGCAUUAUACCAAAAGGGUCUUGCAUUGGCAGAGAUUGAAUCACUAAAGUCCGAUGAAUCAAUUGAGGCAUCUGCUAAAGAUAUUUUUGAGGAGAAUUACAAAGAAUUGAUUAAAUGGAUUGAUGCCAAAUCUGCUAAAUAUGGCACUCUGAGUGUCUUGCGUGAAAGACGCUGUGGAAGACCCGGUACAGCAUUGAAGGUUCUAAACGACUUGAUUCAAAAUGAAUCUGAACCAAAGAAAAAGCUCUAUGACUUGAAGAUCCAGUUGAUUGAGGAAAUUGGAUGGAGCCAUGUUUCAACCUAUGAGAAGCAAUGGAUGCAAGUCCGCUUUCCCCCAACUCUGCCUCCAUUCUGAUUGUCAACCCAUAUCUUUACUACCAUUCUCUAGCACCAGAGGGCUCGGUAGUUGCCAUUGUUACGUCAGUUCAUUGUUUCGAUGGUCAUUUGCUUGGCAUUAUUCUUUUAAAUAUUUGACGGCAACUGCAGCGAACCCAUUUUUCUCAUAAAUAUUAAUAUAAAAAAGGCAUCUAGGCAAGCUA